UUGGUUGUUUAUUUUUUUGCAAGAAAUCAAAAAUUCUCGAAUUCUAGAAUUCGGUCCACGAUUUCGGACGAAUUUCUAUGCCCUCGCCAUGUCCAAACGGUCAUCUACCAGUGUUUCUGGUGAAGUGAAAUAUUGUGCUGAAACCCUGGAACACGUUUGUCGGCUGUGCCUAUCGAAUGAGCAGCUUGUGGCGCUCUUUACCAACGUUCGGGGACGCAACGCUUAUUUUGUGCGGAAGUUCGUAAAGCUAGCAACGGAACUACUUCAUUUCAAGUUUAACAUAAACGAUGCACUCCCCAAUUUCCUGUGUAAACGCUGUGAACGUUCGUUGCUCGCCAUUACUAAAUUUAAACAGAAGUGCGAUGAAUCCUUAAGUAUUCUUCGGAAAGCCAGCGACAUUGUUGAACCAGCUGCGAGUAGUCACGUUAGCAAAAACCAGAAAAAGAUAGGGGAGCUUGGGACGGUUCGAAGAGAAGAUCAGCCGACGAAAGAACGGAGAGAAUGCAUCGAAAUCUUACGAAAGCUACCAUCGGCAAUACGGGUAGGAACGUUAAAAACACGUGCCGCACGAGAAGACCUGGAAGAGGAGUGGCCCACAGAACAACCUGCAUGCGGUAUAAUUGAUCGUCAUGCACGGAAGGCAGACGGUCAGGUUCAUGUGAAAAGUAACGCAGACGAAUGUAAUGCCGACCCACCGAUCUCUAAGCGUAACGAAGAUGAAACCGGACAUGGAGAGAGUGAAGAACGGCUUCUGGAGACUGAUGAGGAAUCGCGGCUCGAAUGGGAAUGCGUUGGAGAGUCGGACGAGAAGGUACCAAAUAAGACAGCAAAGGAAAGGACCGUGUGUUCGGUUUGCGGUGCGAUGGUGAACAACCUUACCGCACACAUGGCCACGCACAGUAAGCUGCGGCCGCAUCAGUGCGACCAAUGCCCGAAAAGUUUCACCACACGGCACAAGCUGCAGACGCAUAUCAGCAGUGUGCAUCUGAGGCGUCGCGAUUUCAAGUGCGACAUUUGCGGCAAGGGCUUCCUAGAGCGGAAUCAUCUUAAGGGUCACAUGCGCAUACACAGCGGCGAGCGGAAGCAUCAGUGCGAUCUGUGCCCGAAGACGUUCCUGUUUGCCGGUACGCUCCGCUGCCACAAGUUGACGCACUCGCAGGAGAAAUCCCACGAGUGUCCGGUGUGUGGGAAGCUCUUCCUGAUGCGUACUACGCUCAACAAGCACGUUCGAGUGCACAGCGACGAGCGGCCAUAUCGGUGCGACGUGUGUGACAAACAGUUUCGUACCAGUACACACCUGGCAGUACACCGGAGGACUCAUACAGGCGAAAAACCCCUGGUUUGUCGCAUCUGUGGGAUGGCCUUCGCUCAGCACAAGACGCGGAGUGUGCAUAUGAAAUCGAAACAUCCCGAGGAGCUGGUGCGUCUUAAUUUAAUUGAUGAAAAGGGUCACCUAAAAGUUUGAUCUCCGCCAAUCUCGAUGGAGAAAGGUCUUCCCGUGGAAUACCCUCCUUUCCAAAAGAAGAAACGAAAGUAAAAAAU